UUGCCAAUGCGAAAGUUGCCCCAUGUAUCAUCACCUUUAGUUUUGAUUUUAUACACUUCAUAUAUAUUUUUGUAUGAAUUCUAUGUGGCUCUAAAUCAGUUGUUCUCCCAGCUGUAUGUUCUUCUCCCUUGAUGCUGCCGGUCUUGGAAAGAGUCAACAUGUCAAGUGUAUAAAAAGGCAGCAUAGACUGUAACACAUCUUUAUUGUGGAGCCUCCAGGAGUGACUGUGUUUCAGUGAGGAGCAGUUCAGAGCUGUUGGAGAGACACAUAGCAUCUUCAGAGAUCUUUAUCUGUGGUUAUGUAUACAUUGAACUUUAUAUGAAGGAAGUAACAGGGAUCAAUACUCUGUUUUGAUAUUUCUUCCAAGUACUUCAUUAUGAAUCUCACAGCAAUUAACCAAACUGAUGGCUGUCAGGAAUAUUUCUGUCCAGAGAGAUCUGUUUCUUUAUCUGUCUAUGUGAUUCUGUAUGUGGCUGUAGCAGCUGUGGCUCUUCUGACCGUGUGUGGAAACCUGCUGGUCAUCAUCUCUGUUAGUCACUUCAAGCAGCUCCACACACCUGCUAACAUCCUCAUCCUCUCUUUGGCUGUGUCUGAUCUGCUGGUUGGAGUUUUUGUGAUGCCACUUUAUUUGUCUUGGCUCAUUGAGUCUUGUUGGACGUCUGGACCAGUGAUGUGCUCAUUUUUUAAAUUUGUGAAUUUUCAAGCAACAAGCGUGUCUGUUCACACUGUGGCUCUAAUUGCAGUUGAUCGGUUUUUAGCUUUAAGUUAUCCUUUUUUUUAUUCAGAGAAAAUCUCACCCACUGUGAUCUGCAUUGCAACUUUAUUUAACUGGCUAUUUUCACUCCUUUAUAACAUCACUCUUCUGUUCAUUAAUGGAAACUUCACUGAUCUCACAUGUCCAGGAGAAUGUGUUUCUAUUGUAGAUGAGGUUUCAUCCCUCAUUGAUCUCCUGGUUGUGUUUCUUAUGCCAUGUACGCUCAUCAUAAUAUUAUACACUCAUGUUUUUGUCAUUGCUAAAAAACAUGCGACUGCUAUAAGAGCCCUUCAGGUUCACAAAAGCACCUCUAAAAACAGAGUCAGUGACAAAUCAGAGCGAAAAGCUGCGAUACUGCUGGGGAUUCUGGUCUUUGUGUUUCUUCUGUGUUUACUGCCAUAUUAUAUUUGUUCUUUAGUGAUUCCAUAUGACAGUGCUGACUUGUUUUAUUUCAGAGAUGUUACUGUAAUAUCUUUCUUCCUGAACUCCACCAUUAAUCCCAUCAUUUAUGCCUUAUUCUAUCCCUGGUUUCAGAAAAGCUUGAAAUUAAUUUUCACAUUUAAAAUGUUUAAUAAAGACUCCUCUCUGAUGAAUGUGCAAUAA